AUGAAAUUCUUCCUCUUCGCUUGCGCCCUAUUCAUCGCUGGAGCUUCGGCUCUCCCUCGAGGGCAAGAAGUCGCCGGGUCGUCUCUCAUAACCAACGACAAGUUGGCCAGAGCUGUCGAAAGGCUGCGCCGGGCCAUCGUAAACGACGGAUUGGACCCACUCGUCUUGGAGUCUUACGAAAGGAACUACUACCUCCCCCUUUUCAGAAAUGUCCGCCUCUUCAUUGACCAGCUCGUCUUCUCUGGCGCCAGCGACAUCGUGGUCCACAGAUUGAAUUACAUCAGGCCUUUCUCCAUCUCUUUCGAUCUGGAGCUCCCACAACUAGUCUUGGAAGCCAGUGAUGUCGUGGUCUCCUCCGAUCUCUUCGGUAAACUUGGUGAAACCAGGUUCAGCGGUCGUGUCGCAGUCUCGGGAGUUCGUCUUUCAGGUAGAAUUGGAAUCAGCUUCAUGGUGGAAGGAGGAAGAUUGGUCACCUCCCCCUCUAGCAGUUUCAGAGUUGGAGGCAUCAACGCCGACGUGAACCUUAAUGUCUUGGGAAGCGAUGUGUCAGCCGCCGCUAACAACAACUUGAACGUACGAGUUCCUCAGCUACUUGAGAAGAACAAGGACGCCAUCAACCGAUUCAUCAAUGGAGUCUUGAGGAUCUACGGCGACUUCCUUUUGGGCGACUACACAGUUUCCGACUUGUAG